AUGUGGUUAUUGGUAUCCAUUUCAACUGCUGGUCUUUUCAUUGCUGGUAAGAUUAUGUUACACAUUUAUUGUUUAAACUACUAUUAUCGGUAAAAGAUCCCGAGUCGGUCAUUAAUGGUAUGAUGUUUACGUUUAGUGAAGAUUUUUUUUCUGAACUAAAAGUGGACAAUUUCAAUGUUAUAAAUAUCUUUAGGACUUUUUGUUUUUUUUGAGAAAUAAUAUUUUAUUAAUUAUUGCAUACAUUUUAUUCUCAUAAGAAUGUGAUUUCUUUUUAAAAAUUCAUUAGAGUUCUCUAAAAAUUAAAACCUAACUAAAUCAAAAACUUGUUUUUAUAGUUAUUUUUUUUAAAACGCUGUGACAUUAUCAAGCAUUUUACCGUUGCUAGUAUGUACAGUGGGCAACUUUUAGUAACGUCACGAUUUUCCCUAACGAGACUGCGACUCGGAGCUUCUUAUAAACCAAAAUCUUCCAAAAAUGAAUACAAAAAAAAUAAAAAAUACACGUCCACAUACGUAUUUUUUUUAUAUUCUAACAAAAACCAAAUUUAGCAGGGGAAAAAAUUAUGUUUUUAUCAACCAGUUUUAUGGCAUUAAGUUGUCUUAGUCUCGUGUGAGCCGAAAAUUAUUUUAAACGUAAGCAUUUUUUUUUUACAUCCUUCCUUCAACGUCCCUUCUGUUCUUGUGUUUCUUUCGGGCUGGUUGUGUGGCCAAAUUUUUUUAUAGCUAAUUGACACACUUCCCGUCAACCUAUGAAAAUGAAAACAUGGCACAUAGACUCGGUGACCAUGAAAACAUAUUCUUUCAAAUUUUCAUCCCCAUCCCUAACCUCAACCCCCGAAAUUCAGUUUUUCAAAGGGAAAAUGAGAGAAAUAUGUUGUUAUUAAUUUCAUAAAAUAAAAUUCCUGAUAAUUUCGCUAAAUAUAUUGCAAAUGCGUAAUACUUUCUAGAAGGGGGGGGGGGGCGGCACUAAUUGGGAUUCUUUUAAAGUGCGUUGCUUGUAUGCAUGUGUCGUCAAAUGUUUAGCACCCUCCCCCACAGCUCGAUAUUACCGUUCAUAAAGUAUUUAUACUUUGUUUUUAAGGGUUGUUCAAUUGUUUCUUUUAACUAACCAUCCUCUAAAAUGACAACUUCAUAGACGCAUUGUUUGUUGGUGGUGCCUUCUCAGGGAAAGCUCUUUACUUUGAACAACUAGGAGACAUAGUUUCAGUGACUUUCAGCGUUCUGGGUGCGGUGGUGCGGACAGCACCUGGUGACACCCUUACAGGGAGAUGACGAAAAAUGGAAAAUGUAAAUUCGAACAUAUUCGUUCGUGAGUUGAUUUAAUAACAGAACUCACCGGAGCAGGUAUCCGAUGGAAUAUAGACCCACCAGAGCAGGAUGCCAACAGAGCAGGGUGUCACUAGAGUGGGUUCCAGCAAAGCAGGGUUUGGGAAUCUCUCUCUAUUUUAUUAUUUCACCUAGCACAAUUUGUCACGGUCUGUUGUUCAUGGCUUCGUGUGAGUUGAACAUUUCGUAGCCCAUCUACCGAGGGACAUUCCACGCUUCCUGGCCGUGCCAUGCUGUCAACUGGAAACGGUAAAUAGAAUAAUAUUGAUUUUGAUGAAGCUCUGGGCGUGUUUCACACUUCGAAGACUAGGAAAGUAAAGUUUUUUAAAUCUAAAUAUAUCAUUUUCGAUUAAGAGUAAUUGUUUUGCAUCUUUUCAACACUGCUACCUCAACUUAUGCUAUGUUUUCUUCUUAUGUCCUUCGUUGCUUUAGCACUUCCUUUACGAACUGUUCUGUAUAAUCUGGUCAAGAGACGCUCCGUGCAUGGUCCGGUGGAAAAUGAAUUAGGAGAAGGAGAAGAGGUUACACCAUGAGUUAGCCAACCAGGGUGUCACCAAACCUAUGACUCAUCACCUUAGUUGUACUGUUAACUAUCUUUCACGUAAUCUUUAGCGUCACGUCGUACAUUACAAGAACAGUUUUUAUGACUUUAUUUGUGAUUUUUUUUUUUUGUUAUCCAUAUAAAUGAUUCUUAAUAUCCGAAAGUGUGAUGCUAAUAAAGGAAGAGAGUAUUUUUGUAUGAUCUUUUUGAACUGUCUUUUUCAUGUAUGAUUCUAUAAACCGGCUGCAUCCAAGAAUCCAGUGAUCCGAAUAAAAGACGCCUAAUUUGAUUGUCACCUCAAUAGUUUUUGGUGUUCCAAAAAUGUUUUUUUUUUUUUUUAACAUUUUUAGUUUGCGCUCAACUGCAACCUAUCGUGAACAAACCAUUAAUUCCUAUUGGAGGGAUAUUCACGGUAACCUGCGAUGCCAAUCGUUUUCCUCCUGAUUCUAUUCCUUCACAUUGGAACGUGAUCACCGAGUUGAUUUUAGAGAGGAUAGCGGGUGGAGGACAAAGAGAACCAAUUGCUGUUUAUAGACCGUUUCCAAUUCCUGGAUUUUCUAAUGUAUCCAAGGUCAGUGAUUAGUUCGGUUUAAUCCCUGGACACUAAUGGAGAUGAGUUAUAGAAAUUUUAUGAUUUUUGUAAAAUAAAUUAUUGAGCUUUUUUAAAAAAUUAAAAAAAAAGUAUUGUUGGCAGCACUGCACAAUAGCUAGAGAGUAUUUUUUUGUUUAGCCGUUUUAUUCUGUUUAGCAUCCGUCAACUGAUAGAAUCUUUCCACGAGAUGAGUUUCAAAGACAGCUAUUAUUGCUUAUUUUUACUCUGUGUAGCAAGCAUAAUCCCAGCAUUGACUUUAACUAUCCAUCUUUGAAAAUUUUAACUUUUGACAGUUUAAGCGAUAACAUAAUGCCCAUUAAAUGCUUCUUCACAACAACAUUUACAUCAAGAGAUAAUUUAAGCUGUAUUUAACUCGAACGCUGAUGACAUGAUAUCUUUAACGUUUUUGAUACGGUCCGAUGCACGUAGACACAAGAACAGUGAAAGAGCCCACGACGGCUGUCUUUCGUCUAGGAAUGUUAACCCCAAGUCAGACCAGUGAGCCACUCGUAGAGAGAAACGCACACCAGCUGACCAUUGAUAUAAAGCUGGCUUGUUAUGGGAACUCUUCCAAUGACUAAACUUAUAAUCUAAUGAAACAUUACAACGUUUCCCAAAGUUGCUAUCCGCACAAAAUGAGACAAGAAAGAUGAUAAAAUAUUUUUUUAAAAUUCAUAAAUCUGGCACUGGUGCCUGGUGGAGUGUGAAACGUAUUCACUGGUCAGUUAAACUUAACUGUUAGCUGCCACUGCCCCUGAUCCACGACGGACUUAUCUUAAGUAGUUUGUUGUUACAAAUUUGAAACGAACGUACGAUUUAAAGAUGUGUUGUUUUUCCCCAUUGUUUAUUAGUUUAUUCCAACCGGAAGAAACUGGAUUGUUGAAGCUUCUGGAGGCAUUGCGUCCGUUGACCCUCCGACCAACAACAAAGCGACAAUAAAGAUAGAAUGGGUUGUCAAGGAUGCGCAAUGCUCGGAUGCCGGCAUAUACAGUUGCUGUGCUACUUACCUCCAACCUGAGGGUGGGACUGAAAAGUUUACGAAGUCUCAGGAUGUAAAUGGUAAAUUUUUUACUUUUUUUUUUUAAGUUAGAUAGUUGUUUUUUUUUUUUUUACAAGCUGUGUUAAUCUAAGACGCUACCAUUUAGACAGUGUGCAGAAAGGGUGGUUUUAACUGAAAUUACCGUUUCUUCAUUCACGGAGUAGUAGCCCAUAGAUACAAAGUACGCGUAGAAAAUAAAUGUACUGAAACUCUCGAACCUUGAAUGCACCGUGUGUUUGUUAAAGGUGCACACCUCCAGCCGCUGCGCGCUCUUAUUUGUGUAGAGCAAGAUGUCGAGCAUGGAUAUUGAUGUGUAAUCGGUGCGCACCGAAGGGUGUGUUUUCUUGUGCGUCUUCCUGUGCAGGGUGCGUCUUCGGUGUUAGUUUCGGGGGUAAUGCUUUGGGCGCCCUGACCUGGUGUCUUGGCUGUCUUUGAAUACACGCCAUUUCUUCGGCAGUUAGAGUCUGCUUUUUAUGUGAGCAGGUUAUGAUUGCUAUUCGCUUCUGAGUUUCUAUGAAUCUUUUAAUUGUUGCAUGGCCAGAGGAUAAAUAAUUUGGAUAAGACUUAAUGUUGAUCUUGGAGUAGGCCCUAUGUUAGGCUUAAUGAGAUCAUGACUUAUGAACAUGUAAAGGAGUUUUACCGUAAAAACUCAAUCGCUGCGGGCUCGUCCGAAGAUAUGUUGGGAUAUCUUGUUACAAAUUGGUCUCUCGACGGAGAAAAAAAUUGUUUAGUUGACCAUUAAUUGGCUCGUUACGCAAUUGUUUCAUCAAUAGGUGAAGAAGGGGGUCGUGUUUGAAAAAGCUUACAGGUCAAUUCUAAGAUUGGUUUAAUAAGGCUAAACAAAGUAACACAGUUAUGCUGUCUAUUUUUUUACCAAAAAUUACCGUUAUGGAAGUGGAUUGUGUCAACGGAGAGGAAGUCUGGUCGACUAAUAUGAAAUUUUGUUUAGAGAAAGGGACCACGAAGACUAUGCGGGCCAUCCUUCAACUGAAUAUCAGGUCUAUGGUUUUUUUUUCUGAUUGCUUUAGUUUCAUUGGUGCGUUUCCGUACCGGAAACAGUUUGCACAAUGAUAUGCGGAGCCAGAUAUGCGAGCCGGGAUGACGACUGUUGUCCAUUUCUAUGUGUACGGGGAUCCGUAUAUUUAAGCAAUGAGUGGUUAUCCGGCGAAAUUCACAUUCGCUACAGGUUGAUCAGAGCUUCCCUUCCGUUGACACAGUACAUUUCCAGAAACGGGUUAAUUUCCUAUCGUCGUUUGUUUCAAAUAAUUUUGUUUAUUUUUUUAUUACCAGUCUCUGAAUUGUUCUUUCCCUUUUUUUUUUGUUGAAACAAGGUCAGUGUUUACGCUGCUCAAGUAUGAAUACUGUUUCCUUAGUGGAGAGACCAUUUCCAACAACAACCACCCAUCGCAUAGUUCAUUUCACUUCUGUGUUCGCGCGGCAGUUGGAGGAAUGGACCGUUGACGAAACAAGUCACGGGUUCAAGAUACUCGAGUUUCAGUACAUCUUGUUUCGGCGCCAACUGUGAACGUUGUGUGGAAAUUUUAAGCGUGCAAUGAUACGCAAUGAUUACAAGUGGGGGACAAUUAUGGAUGAAGACACAUUAACAAUGUACUCCCACACACUCUUUGACACACACGUUCUUGACACACACUCUUUUGAAACACACUCUCUUGACACACACUCUCUAGAGACACAAUCUCUUGACAUACUCUCUUGACACACACUUUCUUAACGUACACUCUCUUGAUAUACACUCUCUUGACACACCCUCUCUAGAGACACAAUCUCUUGAUAUACACUCUCUUGACACACACUUUCUUAACGUACACUCUCUUGAAAUGCACUCUCUUGACACACACUCUCUAGAGACACAAUCUCUUGACAUACACUCUCUUGACACACACUUUCUUAACGUACACUCUCUUGACAUGCACUCUCUUGACACACACUCUCUAGAGACACAAUCUCUUGACAUACACUCUCUUGACACACACUUUCUUAACGUACACUCUCUUGAAAUGCACUCUCUUGACACACACUCUCUAGAGACACAAUCUCUUGACAUACACUCUCUUGACACACACUUUCUUAACGUACACUCUCUUGACAUGCACUCUCUUGACACACACUCUCUAGAGACACAAUCUCUUGACAUACACUCUCUUGACACACACUUUCUUAACGUACACUCUCUUGAAAUGCACUCUCUUGACACACACUCUCUAGAGACACAAUCUCUUGACAUACUCUCUUGACACACACUUUCUUAACGUACACUCUCUUGACACACACUCUCUAGAGACACAAUCUCUUGACAUAUACUCUCUUGACACACACUUUCUUAACGUACACUCUCUUGACAUGCACUGUCUAGAGACACAAUCUCUUGACACACACUUUCUUAACGUACACUCUCUUGACACACACUCUCUAGAGACACAACCUCUUGACAUACACUCUCUUGAAACACACUUUCUUAACGCAUACUCUCUUGACAUGCACUCUCUUGACACACAUUCUCUAGAGACACAAUCUCUUGACAUACACUCUCUUGACACACACUUUCUUAACGUACACUCUCUUGACAUGCACUGUCUAGAGACACAAUCUCUUGACAUAUACUCUCUUGACACACUUUUUCUUACAGAGACUUAUUUGACAUACACUUACUCGACAUACUCUUACUUGACAUAAACCUUUUUCCCCACACACUCUUGACAUACGCUGUCCCAACACACAUCUCUUGCUGCACACUCUCCUAACCUACCCUCUCUUACACACACUCUGUUUGCACAUCCUCUCUUUAGACAAGCUCUACUAACAGAUACUCUUUUGACAUACACUCUCUACACACAAACUCUCUUGACAUACACUCCAGCAGUGACAUCUGCGCUUUUUAGCGAUUUAAGCAAUAAACCUCAUGUAACGCUUAAAUCAACUUAACACAUUAUUUAAAACGUCUUAUUGUGCUUUACAUUAAAACUUGUGUUUACUGUUCAACACAGCAAGUACAGAAGCCCCAGUGCUUACGUUAGACCCCCACAAUGGCAAGGCGCCUGACGUCUCUACUAAUACGAAGGGAGAAAUUGUCAAAUUGAAGUGUACAUUUGAGGUAGAUGGAAAAAUAUAUCUUUUGAAAUUAAUUGUCCUUUUCUUGUUGAAAAGCAUUUAUUUUCAAUUUUUAUGCUUGAUAUUAAAUCCUAGGGCAGCUGUUCUCAAAAUGUGGGUGGCGACACCUUUGCGGGCCCAAUGGCUUUUCACAGGGGUCGCGUAAGAUCAUCGGAAAACAUAUAUACGCUAGAGUUAUGAAGUUUCAACUGAAUAAUUUUUGCGUUUGGGGGUCGCUAUAACUUGCGGAACUGUAUUAAAAGGUCGCGGCAUUAGGAUGGUUGAGAGCCGUAUACUAUUGGCAUGUAAUUUGUUUCGUGAUAACAUCCUCUCUAGCUUUGGUUCACAACAAGGACCGACUGGAACCUACUAAUAAGACGCUUGUCAUGGACGUUUUUUUUAUUUGUUCUUCCAGCUGGGUUUUCCAACAUGAUCUCUUUCUCAUUUAACUCUGACCAUCACGGUGCGUGUUCUGUGCUUGUCCAGUCGGCCCACUGUAUUUUUCUUUAAAUGUACCGACAAAAAAGUUGUUUGGACUAGACUCAGAAAUCUUUUUUUUCUGCUCUCCGUCUUACAGCUCUCUCGUACUACUCUCUGUCUUACAGCUCUCUCGUACUACUCUCUGUCUUACAGCUCUCUCGUACUACUCUCUGUCUUACAGCUCUCUCGUACUACUCUCUGUCUUACAGCUCUCCUUUUUACUGCGCUCAGUCUUCCUGCUCUCUAUGUUACUACACUGAUGGACUGUCCUCAGUUUAAUGCUCUCUACAUUACUGCUCUCUGUCUUACUACUCUCUGUCUUACUGCUCUCUAUCUUACUGCUCUCUAUCUUAAAGCUUGACUACUGACGAUUUUAUUUUUACAAAAUAUUUUAUUGGUUACAACAAUGUCUGUACCUCAUUCUUUCAACAGGCAUAAACAACUUAGCACGUUGUUGUAGUUUCUUUUUCUAUUAUUGUAUCUGUCAAUCAAUUGGUCAAUCAAUCUGUCAAGCAAUCUGUUUAUCAGCCUGCUAAUCAUUGCAGACGUUUAAGUGCAUUUGAUUUUUUAUUUUAUUUAUUGCAUUUAAAGGGUCCUGGUGGUCUUGUGUUGAGCUGGCUGACCGGACCCAGUGGCGGAAGCAAGUUUGUGCCCUACCCGACCAAGGAAGACAUUCAAUCGGUGACACCACGUCCUACUGAACAGCCAGUGGGAUGUGGCGAAUACGAGUCGACACUGACUUUCAAAGUACCAGCUGUGGACACAGUCUACAUGUGUGUGGUAAAAGAUGGCCAAGAAGAGGCCAGUCGGAAGAACUUCAAAAUUUUGGUCAAACCAGGUAUGAGGGGAUUUUUUUUUUUUUUUUUUUUUAAAUUUUAUUUUAAGAGUGUUCAUAAAGGACAUACGCAAAAAGAUAUGCACUAUUUUCCACCCCUUUUCCAUUACCACCCUUGNUUGUGUUAUUAAUUCUUUUUUUUUAUUGGGUGGUAAAGAAAGGAAGAAAAAAAAAAGGGGGGGGGGGCAGAGAGCUAAUUGCACGCACACACUGGGUUGUCCAAAUAGUACGGGCAUAACAGCGGGGGUGGUGGCUGACAGCUGGUUGUACGUACACAAUGGGUUGCCCUAAAAGUUUAAUUUAAAAGAUUACGGUUUUGAUCUUUUUAGACAGUCAAACUCCAAAAGAAUCCUUACUUCUUACUUAGCUUUGGUUUGCCUUGAUGUCUGACUUGAACGCCCCAAUUAUCACUCUAUUUGUGUCAUCAUUGUAUUACUCAUUUUAGACCUUGGCUAUAAUUUUUUUGAAAUCGUGUGAAUAUUUUCUUUUUUGAGAAAAGUCAUUUAGCUUAAUGAUUUCUAUCAACACGAACAAAGGUCAAGGUAGGGCUUUUUUUUUUUUUCUUAUGGAGACUUAUGGAUUAACGGUAGUUAUCAACGAUGUGGGGGGGGGGGUUGAUUUUAUCUCUACCUCCUUGAUAGGCAAAAUUUAAAGCAAUGAUGUUGACCAAAAGAUUUAUUCACAUUGACAAUACUGACGUCUUAUUUAAACCAUAGCAGUGAACCGUAUAAAAGGGAGUUAAUGUAUCAUAGUAAAAAAAAAAUUGUCUGUGAGACUUGUGUGUGUUUUUCUUUAGUAGCAGGAUAAGAGAUAAACAUGUUAUUGUAGUUUCCCAAAACUAUACGAUGCAUAAAAUACCCAAGAACAAACUUUUAAGUUGGGCUUAUUUAGUACGAGUAACGUUUGCAGUAUGUAUUUAUCAAAAGAAAUGUGUCCAAAGAAUAUUUCCUCUUUUUUUCUACUCUAGAAACUCGCAACACAGGCACGGCAUUGGAUCAGCGGUUGUGCGGGAAUUUGUUUCUGAUGGAAGUGCUCCUGUGGUCAACAAUUCUCAAGUGUCACCUGGUCUAAGACGAAUUACUCGCCAAGCU